AUCAAAGUGUGAGUUUAAAUGUCAUUUUGAUGUUCAAGUUCAAUGAUCUAUGACAUUUUAAUUUUUUCAUUUGUUGUAUUCAGUUUAAUUUAUUUUUGUUUGUGUCGUGUAUAAAUCAUCAUGUCUGAACAACAGGUUUGGCUUAUUGUUAUCGAUGGCUGGGGCAUUUCAGAUGAAGUCAAGGGAAAUGCUAUCCUUGCUGCUGAUACUCCAAUAAUGGAUGGAUUGGCUAAAAAUGAUGGUCAAUAUCUCACAUUAGAUGCUUCUGGAUUAUCAGUUGGCUUACCGGAUGGUCUAAUGGGUAACUCAGAAGUUGGACACUUGAAUAUUGGCCCUGGGCGAGUUAUGUACUAAGACUGUUUAUCUGUUUUCGUUUAAGCGGUUUGAAUGGCGAAUUGAUAAGCUUGAUACAGAUGGCAGCACACAAAUGCGGGAAUACACCAUUUUCCCGGUUUAUUUUGGGACUUCAAAUUGAACUCAUUUGUUUACGUCCAUGAUGAAAGUUUCAUUGUGACUUUAGUUCAUUACCGAUCGUGUGGAGUCAUUUAUUUAAUCAUGGAAAAAACAAGAUCAAAUUCUCAUAUUAUUUUAAACUGUUCCUCAAAUUUUCCAUCUCUCCGAAUUGAAGACCCAAAAAAAUCAUCUCCUGAAUGUGAAAAUAACCAAUUCCCUCAAUAUUUCCUAAGAUCCAUUCCGGAUUUGAAGAGACAUUUCAGCCUCCAGGAGAAAAUUGGGGAAGGUACUUUCAGCAAAGUGUUCAAGUCAAAAUUAUUGAAAAAUCCAACAAAAGAAUUCGCUUUGAAAUGUAUCGUACCAACUAUGAAAUGGGAUCGAGUGGCAAAUGAAAUUCGUUAUUUAAGAGAUCUUGGUGGGGACUCGAAUAUCAUCGGUGUCAAGACCUGUUUCUUUGGUAGUGGAUUAUGCGUCAUUGUCAUGCCAUAUUUUCCCCACACUAGAUUCAUUGAUUUUCUUAAAGAUGCCAAUAGUUUUGAAAUCCGAAACUACAUGAAAAAUCUUUUCAUAGCCUUAGAGGCAGUUCAUAAACAUGGCAUCAUUCACCGUGAUAUUAAACCCAGCAAUUUUCUAUUCAACCGAAAAUCGAUGACAUUUGGACUCAUUGACUUUGGUCUCGCCGAAGACGAGGUAGUUCUCCGUAAACACGCCUUAAGUGCUCGAGAAAAUAUCCAGUUUGUUUCUCCAGCCGCUACAUCUAGAUCAGCUAUUAGAGAGCUUGUUGCAACCAAAUCAAACCUGGCUCUUUUUGCCAAAGAGGGAAAUAAAAAUCCAGUUUUAAUAAAAAAGCGUACCUACGAUGAAAUGGCCACAAGGCCUUCUAAUACUACCCCAACGAAAAAGGCCAAAUACAAUGGAAAUUUCAGCACUCCAGUAAAAGCUGAAAAUCCUUCAGUAAUUCCAGAAACUCCACCAAAAAAUAAUGUAGAUAGGAACGAAGCUGAAGUUAAACCACGAAAACUCAUAUUAAAACCUUCAUCUAUUUCUAAUCCUUGUGCUUGCUAUGGAAAAGAGCAAAUCUGUAAUAAUUGUCUGCGACGUUUUGAUCUUGCUGCACCCAGAGCUGGAACAAGAGGUUUUCGAGCUCCAGAAGUUUUAUUAAAGUAUUUACAACAGACAACUGCUAUUGAUGUCUGGUCUGCUGGUGUUAUUAUGGCCUGUUUAUUGUCCAGGAGAUAUCCAUUUUUCAGCACUUUUACCGAUGAUUUGACUUCUCUUGGUCAAAUGAUUACCGUUUUAGGAAGUAAAAGAUUUAUGAAAGCGGCAAAAGAAUUAAAUCAAUCAAUUAUUAUGAACCCAAAGAAAAUUCCUCCGCUCGAUUUGAAAAAACUAUGUGAAAAUCUUAGAGGCAAUAAUUCACUUGAAAUAGACGACAGUGCCUACGAUUUGCUCAAUCGUCUUCUAGAACCCAACCCAAGAAAGCGGUUAACAGCUUAUGAAGCACUUAAACAUCCAUUCAUUGAUUGCUAAAUUUUUAAAUAAUAAAAUGAGAAAUCUAUUGUAAUCAUUUUAAAA